AUGGCUGUUCAGCUUGUGUUUCUCAUGUCUACAAUCCUUCUACUAUCCUCGGGAUCUCCGACACCACGGUGUUGUAUGUACAACCAAUGGGAGGGCAUGCUGUUCUUCGAAUUUGCAGCGGCAGGGAGCCAAGGGGAUUAUACGUUCAGUAAUGGGACUACCCGGGUAUCAUACGACAUUGACAACUCCAUGUCGUUGGUCAACUUCGAGAUGUACAGAUGGUCACUUACAUCUCCGAUAUCUCGUUACAAUGCCGUCGUUAUUUCGCAUUUCAAAACGGGUGUAAAGUAUACAAUAUCCGUGGAGAACCGUACGUGUGAAAAAGGGUCACUCUCGACAAAAUUAAUGUCAACGUAUUGCGCGUCAGACUUCCAUGAAAAUGAAGGCCAUCCACGAGGAAGCAUCGGAGGAACGAUGCCGGUGACAAAUCUGGAUAUUCUUGAGGAAAUUAUCUAUUCUACGAUAUACCAAGAUGGCUCCAACUGUAUGCCAUUGUUUGCAUCUGGCUUUAUUAAAGCUCCCGGAUUGGGAAUUAAUGGUGGUGCUGAUUUCAUGGACUUAGAACAGGGUAUCAAAGACCCGAGUGUAUUCUCGCCUCCAUCGUAUUGUCCAGAAAACCUAUCGGGGGAAAUCGACGACACGUCAUUCUUCGGACUCGCCAGUUUUUUUCAUAAAAAACUGUAA